AUGGAAACAGGCGCUGUCGUUGUUCGGCGAGAUGCUGGAAACGAAGCUGGAACCGGACGCCAUCCCCCAAUCUACAACGCAUGUAUCAGCGCGUGCGAAAAGGGUGGGCAGUGGAAUUGGGCGCUGUCGUUGUUCAGCGAGAUGCGGGAGGCGAGCGUGGAGCCAGACGCUUUCAGCUAUGCCGCUGUGGUCAGCGCGUGCGAGAAGGGCGAGCAGUGGCAGCGGGCCCUUGUGCUACUCACCGAUAUGCGGGCGGCGGAUGUGGACACGGACGUUUUCAGCUACAGCGCUGGGAUCAGCUCGUGCGAGAAAAGCGGUCAGUGGCAGCAGGCCUUGGCGCUGCUCGAUGAGAUGUUGGCGGCGAAGUUGGAGCCCGACGUCAUCUUAAUCCUACAACGCCGGGAUCAGCGCGUGCGAGAAGAGCGAGCAGUGGCAGCGGGCCCUGGCGCUGCUCGGCGAGGUGCUGGCGGCGAAGCUGGAGCCCGACGUCCCCUUGUCAGCUACAACGCUGGGAUCAGCGCGUGCGAGAAGGGCGCUCGGUGGGAGCGGGCUUUGGCUCUGCUCUUCGAGAUGUGGCAGGUGAAACUGGAAGCCAAUAUCAUCAGCUACAGCGCUGGGAUGAGCGCGUGCGAGAAAGUCUGGCAGUGGCAGUGGGCUCUGGCGCUGCUCGGCGAGAUGCGGGAGGCGAAGCUGGAGCCCGACCACAUCAACUACAACGCUGGGAUCAGCGCGUGCGAGAAAGGCAAGCAGUGGCAGCGGGCUCUGGCGCUGCUCAGCGAGAUGUGGGAGGCAAAGUUGAAGCCCCCCCAGUCAGCUACAAUGCUGGGAUGA